UCACGCGAGGACGGCGCGCGAGCGAGCGGCUGUCCUGGAAUCUUGGCUGAAAUCCGGCGGCUUUGAGAUGUUUGGGGGGCAUUGAUUUGGGGAAGGUGUGCGGUGGGGGAUGGGCACAGACUAAUGGUACCAACAAAAAGUUUAACCACUUCACCGACCUCACAGAUAUGGCUGAACGCGCGUGCUGGCAGAUGUUCCGGAGUCAGAUCUGGCUCACUUAAAAACCCGAUUUCCGGGAUCUUUUUAACCUGUCAGCCAGACGUCUUAUAUAUAUGCUUUAGAUUUUGAAGACGACACUUUGCGCGUGAUCGAUGUUGUUGUGGCAAGGAGUAGUUCGCUCAUUUUCUUAUCGGCGGAGUCUGGCCGACCCCCCCUAGCGUCGGCGCUGGUUCAGUCUGGCUCGCCCCCAGUACGAGCAUUUGUCCCGGGAUGACCUGUUGAUGUCUGUGAAAUAAGAUAAGGUGGGGUAUCCGAACUCGCGCGGAAACGCCAUGCAACAUUAACUUUGAAGUCCCGAGGACCGAAACGUAUGCAUUUGGUUGUGUUUUUGUGAUGCCAGUACCGGCUGCUCGUUUAAUCGUUGGAGAUUGUUGAGUGUUGCCGUUGUAACGGAACGGGGCGAAGCCUCGUUUUGGCGGACCCGUUUAGGCCCGAGGAUGUAGGCACGAGCUCGCUCUCGGUGCGGUGCAUUGGCAAAGACGGGACAAGAGCGGCAAACUUGCUCAUUUCGAGCGACGCACCGCUUAACGUUACCUCCGCUGCGUUUGUGCUCGCUCGCAUGUAGGUGCUACAUUUCACACAGAGUGGCUCAUAGUGGGCGCUUUUGCCAUCGUUCUUCACCCCCUCCACGUCCCGUGCCAGGGGAGAGCUCCGGACGGACACACGGUUAGCCUGCCGCCGACACAGCCUCAUAACACCGCUGUACUGGCGGCCAAAGAUUUCUCUGGUGGUGCUGGCCAUAGCGCCAUGGCUCAGACCCUUCAGAUGGCGAUCCCAAACUUCGGCAACAAUGUCCUGGAGUGUUUGAACGAGCAGCGGCUGCAGGGGCUGUACUGCGACGUGUCCGUGGUGGUGAAAGGCCACACCUUUAAAGCCCACCGCGCCGUGCUGGCGGCCAGCAGCUCCUACUUCCGUGACCUUUUCAACAGCAGUGCGGGCAGCAAAACCCCUACGGUGGUGGAGUUGCCCCCGGCCGUACAGCCGCAGAGCUUUCAGCAGAUCCUGGCCUUCUGCUACACCGGCCGCCUCAGCAUGAGCGUCGGAGACCAGUUUCUGCUCAUGUACACGGCCGGCUUCCUCCAGAUCCAGCAGAUUAUGGAAAAGGGCACGGAGUUCUUCUUGAAGGUCAGCUCGCCCAGCUGUGACUCACAGGGCCUCCAUACUGAAGAAACCCCUCCGUCGGAGCCUCAGAGCCCUGUUACCCAGACGGCGGUGGGUGCUGCGGCUAACGGCGGAGGCGGGGUGGUGGCUACGACAGCCAGUCGACCCACUUCCUGCUUGACCCCGUUGCCCCUCGUCUCUCGGGUGAAGACAGAGCAGCCGGAGGCCUCGCCGUAUUCGGUGGUUUGCACGCCGGUGGCCAAGCGGCUUUGGGAAGGAGGCAAUCGGGAAGGUGGCGGAGGCUCAGGGGCAGCCGGCGGAGGAGGGAUGAGGAAGGCAGCUCGUUUUUCCCAAGAAAUGGCACGUGGAAGCGCUAUUCAGCAGCAAGGUAGCAUGGGACUUGGUAUGGGUCUUGGAAUGGGCACAGGGGGGCACGGUGGAGGCGGAAGCACCAACGGCACGAGCAGUGCCACCCCUGAAGGCACCAGCCCCGGUACUUUGAGUGCCUAUGCCAGUGAUUCGCCCAUCUCUUACCAUGAUGAUGAGGAAGAGGAGGAGGCGGUGGAUGACGGCACUGAAGAGCAGUACAGGCAGAUCUGCAACAUGUACACCAUGUACAGCAUGCUCAACGUGGGUGCUACAGCAGGUGAACGUGUGGAGGCCUUGCCGGACCACUCAGAGACGCGGCCCAGGAUGCGUGGCCGACAGGAUCUCGCCUCUCUCCCCACCGAGCUCAUCGCUCAGAUCGGCAACCGCUGUCACCCCAAACUGUAUGAGGAAGGUGACCCUGCAGAGAAACUGGAGCUAGUUUCAGGCACCAGUGUGUACAUCUCCCGAGCUCAGCUGAUGAACUGUCACGUCAGUGCGGGGACCAGACACAAAGUCCUUCUGAGGAGGCUGCUGGCUGCUUUCUUCGACAGGAGUACUCUGGCCAACAGCUGUGGGACCGGCAUCCGUUCCUCCACCAAUGACCCCAGCCGUAAGCCGCUGGACAGCCGAGUGUUGCAUGCAGUCAAGUUUUACUGCCAGAACUUCGCCACCAGCUUUAAGGAGAGCGAGAUGAACGCCAUCGCGGCGGACAUGUGCACUAACGCUCGGCGCGUGGUGAGGAAGAGCUGGAUCCCCAAGCUGAAGCUACUGAUGGCGGAGGGCGAUGCCUACGCCAAUUUCCUCCCCGACAGCAUCAAGAUGGAAGCGGAUGGCCUCAGCGGCGACCCCGCCUUCGAGACGGCGAGCCUGGAGGGCGGAGCUUCCGUGGAGACCGGAGGAUCCUCGGGCGAGUCUCUGCAGGGUGUGGGCGGAGACAACGGUACUUUGUUUCAGUGAGCGACUCGGCGAGGAAAGCCCUGGCCCAUCCCCUCUGCCACCCCGCCUCCUACCCGCCUCCCACCCCGCUGCGUGACUCUGGGCUCUGCUGCUUCUGCCUGGGAUGGGAAAGGGAGAGUCCGGUAGGAGAUUGGAGGAGAUUGCACGGUCUAGCAUCGGGAGGAUCACAAGGGGUUGAUGCCAGGGGCACUAUUUUCUUUUCAAUCAUUUUUGUUUUUUGCUGAAUAACCCUCUUUUGCACAGAAGAUCCCCUUUGCCUUCCUGCUCGGCAAGUAAAUCUAGUCACCGAUGCUAUAGGAAUGCGUAAUUAGGACCAGGAAAGGUUCUUGCGACCGGAGGUCCGAGGUCCCGGACCUCUCUCUACUGAAUUUGAAUGUAUUCAUGAUUUUGUAGCACCUGGCUAUGUCAGACUAGCCGAUUGUAUUUGGCCCAGGAGAGAGACAGGAAAAAUGCCCGUCAUAAGAUCUGAAGGGACAGCAGAUGGAGAAAGUAGUGAGGGAGGAGAGGAGAAAGAGAAGAAGGUUGCAUAUUCCGUCUCUCGUUCUGUCUAAAACGGAAAGAAUCUGAUAUCCUUCUCUGCUUCCAUUCCUCCCAAAAUAUAUGUGGGAUCUUAGUCUGCCACGUUCUUUUGUUUUUUAUGUCGCCGUUUUCUCCUUUCUCCUUCUACUUGUUCCACUGUAUGUGAUUCAUAUGAAUCCAGAGUUGAUGAAAGAUGAUUAAGGACUGUAAAGGAUAAAAAUAUAUUUAUCUGCUCGCACCUUUAGAGUUCGAGAGAGAGGGAUUGUUUUAAAAUCUCGUCUUUGUGUUUUUAUUUUUUUUUUAAACCUUUAAUUUUUUUCUUAAAUGUUUCUCAAAAGACACCUUGUUGUCAGGCUUUAAAUGGAAAUAGUGAGAAAAAAUAAGGACUAUUUUUGCAUAAGGAUUAUCUUGCAUUUCAAAGACUGGUGCUUGGCUUGUAUCUCGAUCACGCUCGUGUCCGAGGCUGAAUUCGAUUUACAGGGGCAGUUUAUCCAGAAAUGUAAAUUCUGACAUCAUUUCCUCACCCUCAUCUCAAACCAAACACAAAAGAAAAGUGUUUGUUUUCAUUCAGUGAAAGGCCAGUGGGGUUCAGUCUUGUUUUGGACUCGCUGACUCUCACUGCAUGCACAUGAAAGUGUUCUUUAAGAAUACCUUACAGGUUCGAAAAGACUUGAUGAUGAGCAAAUGAAGGCCGAAUUGGAUAAACUAUCCCUUUAAGAGAAAAGAAGAAUUGUGUAGGACAUAACAACAAAGUGUUUUUAAUCUCUCAAAACCUUUUGAGCUUCCCCCAUCAUCGCACACAAACACGCUUUUACAGCCCGGGGGGAAGGGAGGUUGUGCUUCUCAUUGUUAGUCACUUUACUGUCUUAAGGUAGUGACUUUGUGUGUGUUUGGGAGCGGAGGAGGGUUUCCAUCGCCUGUGUCCCAGGAGAGGAGGAGUCGGAGUGAUUAAGUCUCUUCAUGUUGCCCAUGUCCCUGUUUGGGCAGCUGUGUGUGUGUGUGUCUGUGCUCGCUUAGGCAAGCAUGUCUGUGUCCGCACAAGUCACCAUCUGUAUACAUUCCUUGCACAUAGUUGGCACUGUGUGUUUGCAUGUGGGUGAUGUGUUGAGUCGGGGAUUUAGGGUAUGUUUGUUUCAGCGUUUAUGUGCCCGAGGCGUCUCAAACGGAUGCUUUUAAGGAAAUUCGGCCGUCUUAAAGUUUGCCGUAAGCCGUGAACUUUUGCAUAUCCUGCAUUUCCAUCGGGAUUUGAAUGGGUGAUGUCUUAAUGUGUGCUCAGGCAUGGGUUUUAAACACGCAUGCCUCACGAAAACAGAAAUUCGAUAUUGUAGGCUAUUUCAUACCAGAGUUAUUAGGCACUGCGUGUUGGUAUAAAUCAGGUUUUAUUUUCACGCGUCUGAUCUCCUGGGACACAUACAGUAGCCGCCCCCUUUCUGACAGAAGAAGUGGACCUCUUUGCACCUUUUCGUAGACUGAACUAGAGCUUUUUGCACCUUUUUUGUAGAGGAGAGUGGUGGAUUGUGCACCUUUUUUGUAGAGUGUAAUCGAUGGUUUUUGGACUAAACUUCAUGGAUGUGUAUGUGUCGGUGUCUGGCCCGGACCAGAAUGCACCCCUGCGUCUGUGGCCAGCCGUGCAGAAUACUGAUGUAAAUAUCAAAGAGACUAUUGAACAGAUUUUGACCAUGUUUUUAACAGGUCACUCGUCUUUUUAAUUGAUGGCUUACAUUAGGUCUUUCACCCCUCUUGUUUUAGCUCAUGUUAUCAUUUCUUUUAGUUGCAUAACCAAGUCUGGCUUCUGCUGUGUUUGUAUAUCUGGAAAUUGUAGUUGUUGUGUUUUUUUUUUUUUUUUUUCUGGCUUUAGCGUCGUAGCAAAUAAAGUAAACUCCUGGCAAGUUUACUACUUAACUGCAGUCUGGUUCAGGUCUGACCGGUGACCUCGUUUCUUUUUCUUAUCCUUUGGACCAGAAAACAAUAAUGCCUCUUGUUUAGAAGUGUACAGCAUUCGAGUAGCCUGCGAAAUCAACAUCUGGGAACGUGCAAGCAUCCAUUUCCUUCUCCCGUUUUAUUCCUCCAUUCUUUUAGCAGACCACGUGUACUGUAUUUACUUUUCAACAACUACUAAUUCAAGGUGAAAGAGUUGACUUGCCAAGUUUUUUAAAGAUACAAUAUAGAGUUGUUUGACUGAUGAUAGAGUACGGAGUGUUUUUUUUUCUCCAUUUCUUUUUAUCGACUAAAGUGGUGGGGGGUUAUGGUGAGGGAUGUACUGGUGCUAUGUGUGCUAUUCUUUAGAUGUUAAAGGUCUGCUGGGUCACUGGUGCCUUUCAGGAGGACUGCGGGAGACGAACUGCGUGUGUGUCUGGGUGGGGCACGGAGCAGCAGUGCUCCUCUCUCUCUCUCUCUUUCUUUCUCUUUCUUUCUCUCUCGCCAGCUAUGACUGUGCCAGUGUUUAUGCGUCCUCCAUUUUGAUGGCACAGAUCACAUAUGCUGCAUGCGUCGCUGGAGAGGAACCGCUGUGUCCGUGCGCCACCCGCUGUCUGUGUGCUGUUACUGCAGCUUAGAUUUACUACUUACAGUCAACACCAGGGGGUGUCACGCCUCAGAAAGAUGACUCUUGACGGCCACAAAAAAUGGCCCAUCUCUUACAAGGAAGUUGAAGGUGACGUGUAAUUAUUUUUUUUAUUUUAUUAUUGUUAAAAUACUACAAGUAAGCCAUUUGAAGGUUGAUCUUUAUUUGUAUUUUUCCCUCUAAAAGGCGUAACACUGUGGCUCCGUGGCGCUAUCAAAAAGUUGCUCUGUUUGUUUGAGCAUCACAACCAGCCCAAAAGAGCACCAACCCACGGCGCAAGUUCGAAAUCAUAAUUUUUUCACUUUUUAAAGGAUUUUUCCUUUACUUAGCCUCGCCUGUUAUCAAGUGUGAAUGAAGGGACCAGUGUUGAUCAAAAAAAGGCCGGGAUGUCCAUAUCACGCUGCCUAUCUGUCUGCUCUCUGUGCUCGAGUAAAGCACCUUUUUCUGGGGUUUGCGUUCAUAGACGUGCUCCUCGGCACCUUGUAAUUCAGUCUGACUGUGUCACGGAGUGCAGAGAGCAGAUAGACGGCGGACGCCUGAGCGGGUGAGUUUAAGUCUUGUCAUUCUUCCUCGUAACACAGUUUGUUGGGGUCCUGUGCAUUGUAGAUCAUUGUGAAUUUGUAACCUGACGGACCGCUGACAGCAUGCCAGAGAGAGUACGGAGCGAUGUAUUAUAAAUUGAACUCUUUUAUAAACUGUGACUGUCUUUCCUUUCUGCAAAAAAGGCAGAAACCGGGUCCGUCUGUUCUGGAGCAAUGGCUGUAUUUUGCAGGGUUUCCGUUGGCUUGCAGUUUUUGCUACUUUUUUUGUCAACCUAAGCCUCUUUACCCAGAAUGCAGCACUGCUAUUCCACUCUAAAUAACAGAUAUACCACAUAAAGAUACUCUCACCUCUUUCUCUGCGUGUUGCGUUCUCUUCCAGCACACCCCAACACUCUGCUUUCAGUCUUUCCCUGAAAUGAGACGGAUGGUGAUUAUAACCCAACUUUGCAAAUGUUUUGGUAAAGUAACGUGUGUGACAGCCGGACAAAUUGACGUCCGGACAUAGUAUCACGAAUUACAGAGAAAUACAGACAGGAUGGGGGAUGACAUCAGCUCGCUUGAACACUCAAAACAACAAACUGGUUGUGAAACUUUUGUUUUUACGAUGCGGUGUCUCACUUUCUAUGAAUACAUCCCUAUACAAAUCUAUAUACUGUAUAUUCCAUGGAAGCACUAAUGAAGUUUGAUUGUUAGUCGUGCACUCUCAGCAUGAGUUGUAACCCAUCCCCAGCUGUGCUCAUGCAGUGACCCUGUAGCGCCAGUGCUCAUCCACUCCAUUCUGUCUGUGUUCAAAGUGCCAAUAACUUUGUGAAUCCCUAACUGUGACCCAAUAUUAUCAAAAGUAAUUGCACAUUAACUACUGUAAAAAAUGAGUAAGAGAAAAGUCAAAGGAUACAGCUGAAUAUCUUAAUAAAACUUUAUAACAAA